CACAAUUCACAACAGAUAACAAGGACCAUUAGGACCAUCUAUCCAUCAUCCACUUUGAGAGAAAGAAAGAAAAGAUGGAGGAGCUGGAGAAUGUGAGGGCUGAAGCAGUGCAAAUGAUGGGAGUGUUCCAAGUACUACCAAAGCUUGUAGUUUUCGAUCUCGAUUACACUAUUUGGCCUUUCUACUGUGAGUGCCGCUCGAAGCACGACACUCCUUCUCUAUUUCCUCAUUCCAGAGGCAUCUUGACUGCACUCAAAGAUCAAGGAAUUCAAACUGCCAUUGCUUCCAAAUCACCAACUCCUCACAUUGCAACCACUUUUCUUGACAAACUCAAUAUCACCUCAAUGUUUGCUGCCAAGGAAAUAUUUUACACCUCGACGCACAAAACAGAACAUUUUCAGAAAAUUUAUUCAAGAACCGGGGUCUCCUAUAACUCUAUGCUCUUUUUCGAUGAUGAUAACAAUAACAUACAAGAGAUUCAAAAAUUGGGAGUAACGAGUAUUUUGGUUAGAAAUGGUGUAAAUCUUGGAAUAUUUAGAGAAGGCCUCUCAAGAUUUUCUCAAAAUUGGGAUGUAUCAAAUUCAAAGAACAAGCAGAAAAGGCGCAAGUAAUGUUCUCAGAAGCCAUAUUCUUCCAACUGGAGAUUGGAUGUCCAAAUGAAUUUUCUUUAUGUGCAUUAUUUAUUCGGAACCUCAUCAAUAUUAUUCAUGGAUUGAAAUAUGUGUAUUUUUUUGUGUGUGAUGUGAAUAAGUAAAUUAAAAGGAAAAUCGUAUAA